GUAAUUUAACGUUUUAUUGGCAUAAUUAUGCACAUCACGUGUCAGUCUCAGCAGCUGAAGCCAGAGAAGGCUGGGCUCUAUUAUUUUGGUUAUUCUAUCAUGUACACUGAGGAGUAAUAAUGGACUAACAGUCUUGUUAAAGUUUCCAUUUGUCAAAAGGAUGUUGACUUUGUUGCCAUUAGAACACCUGACAGCCACCUGAGGGCGAUUUAAGGAGCAUUUUGUAAUGUUUGCGUCUGCUGGGAUACAUGUUUCCCGUGGAUUACGCUAUGGGGAGGCACGGCAUGUUGGGCUGCAUCAUUUUAGCUCAUCUAUGGGCACAUCUAGUCAGAGACCAUUCAGAAAAGGCGUUGUGGUCACAACCGUGUCGGGACUGGUUUUGAUUGUAGGAAUAAUGAUUACCGUACUAGGUUUUAUGGAUGUGUUUGACACUGGCUAUACUAUGAUGGGUAUGUUGAUGAUAGCAGUUUCAGUCCUCUUGUUUCUUGGUGCUUUACGUAUGUUUCUCCUGUCAGCCAAACUUAGGAAGUCAGAAAGAACAUUACAGAUAUCAAGGGGUACAGUUGCAUCCAUGGUGAUAGAGAGGGAAGAUGAACGAGGAACACUGACUGUCGUCAUGGAUACAGUAAAUAUAGAAGCAAGGUGUCGUAGAAGGUCAGAUGAUGGUAGCAGGCCUCCUGAUUAUGCUGAGGCAACCAGUGACUACUAUCCUGAAUCUACCAGUGAAAUUGUUAUAGACACUGUGAAUAGUGACCCGCCUCCUCCAUAUGGUCCACCUACUUAUGAUCAAGCCAUGGCCGAGAAAGAGUCUGAAAUGAGUAUAUCUGAAAUAGAGGAUGACAAUGACAAUAAAUCAGAGCAGGAAAAUAUUAACCCAGGCCAGACUAGUAGCCAGGUACCAGAGACAGUGACAGAACCAGACUGGGAACGAGAUCAAUAUAUUUCACAUGGGUACCAGGACAUGCCUUCAGUGACUAUUUGAAAAGUGUUGGGAUAUACAUAUAGAGCAAUAUUUUAAACCAAAGGAAUAUACUUAUGUAUGAUGUGAUCAUAAUUAUACGCCUUGUUUAUAUUUAGAUCCGUGAAAUAGAAAAUUUAUAUUUUGUCCUUUUUAGGAAGUAUAAAAAAAACCAAAAUUACUGUCAGACCAGUUUAUAUAUAAAGUGCAUGCUAUAAGUAUUGUUAUUGCCAGAUGGCCUUUACGUAAAGAGUGAGACAGGUUGCUCAUUAACCUACAGUUCUAUAUAAAAUGAGACUGUUAAAAUUAAGCAGUUUCUAUUAAGAAAUACAUGUCUGCUUUUGGGCAGGGAUUGACAGUAUUUAGAAUGGGAAAGAGCUUUUUUGUUAGUUGUGUUAAAGGAAUACUUGUAAAUAAUUCAUUUGAUGUCAGUAUUUUCAAUCAUUAAAGAAAUUUAUCAUUGUUUUUCUCUCCUUCAGAAAUUUGAAAAUUUUAUUGUACAGGUUAAUAAUGUAAAGAUCUCACAGUUACUUAAAAUAACUAUAAUAUUGAUAUAUUUUAGGGUAUAAAUUUUUUAUGAAAAAUGAGUUGUUAAAUAUUAAUGAAUGUUACUUUAAUAUGUAAUUUUUUACUUCUAGAUUUCCAGAAAUUUGGUUACUCUCUCCCAAAUAAGACUAGGAUUUGUAACAUUUUCUUUUAAGUAUAAGUACUUUAUGUUAUUAGUUAUAAAGAUGUCUGACAGGUUAUUAAGUUAUAUGGCUCUUUAUAAAUGGUUGUAAGAUAAUAAGGUUAUAUUGUAAAUAACCAUUAAACUUGGCCAUAUAACAUGGAUUAAACUCACUACAGUGUUGAAGCAGUACCUUUAGACGCUUGCAGAAAUCAUGAUCACAAAGUAUAAAAAUAUUGUUUUUUCUCUUGCCGAUUCGUACAUUUUUCAUUCAUUAUCAUACAUAAACUAGUUUGAAAAGAUUCAAUGUUUUAAAGUGCAUUUUGAUAGAUGUAAAGGCGAGAAUUUAGGAUUUAAUCAUUCAAGCGCCCUGUCCAGUACUUACCGGAAUACAGUAUUUAAUGUUGUGCUCCAACACUUUUUAGUCUCACUCUUAUGACAUGUCAGAUAUCUUUAUGAUUAAUAUAUAAAUCAGCAGAAUUACUUUAUUUGAGGAAAAAACUGAUAAAAAUUGACAACAACCGUGUAUAAAGAUUAUAUAAAGGUCAGGAUUAUCCAAUGAAAAGUGACGUUACAUACAAGCAGUAUUAUAAAAUACUUUAUGUACAAUGUUACAAAUCGCUUUGAUAUGUGGUCAGAGAUACAUUUAUGUAGAUAUAGGCAAUUAAGAACAAAAUGCUCAUGUAAUGAGUUGUUUUAAUAAUAGGUUAAUAUGGCAUAUUUAAAUCACAUUAUAGUAAAUACAGAUAUUGUUGAAAACAUCUUUAAUGACAGAAAGCUAAUACUAUAUACAUGUAUAAGGUAUAUUUUUGUAUGUUUUGUGUAUUUUGAUUGUUCAGGAGCAAAUAUGACUAAUGUUUACGGGACCAUAAUUUGAUUUGAUUUUUGAAUGGCUUUUUUUUAUGAAUCCAGGGUUAGAGUUCGCAUUUCUUGAUUUUGUGAAUGGCUUUUUUUUAUCAAAGCCAAAAAUAUGUCUGAAUAGACAAUUCUUGACAUAUUAUAAAGCUUAAAUGAACAAGCAAAAUAUUAUUUAAACAUUUACUGCAAUUGUAUAUGAAUAUUGCUUUGCAGAGGUAGUUUUUAUGCAAAAUAAAAAUUCAACACAACUAAUACUAAUUCUAGUCACAGUGUAAAAUAUAGUGCAUGUAAGGUAAAUCUUUAAACAUGUUAUAUUUAUAUAAAUAUCCAUAUUAUUUGAUUUAUGUAAAGAAGCAAUUUACAAGCUUGUAUGUAAAAGUGACAAAAAUUAACUGUUUAAUGCUAAUAUAACCAUAAUAUUCUUUGAUAUGAAGAAUUGUUGACCCUCUCCACUCCCCCCCCCAGCCCCCUCCUGUCCACUCCCCAUGCUCUCCAAAAUAAAAUUAGGGAAGAAAAAAAACAAGUUCAAGUUAAUUAAAUGUCAAGUUUCUCAGGCUCGCAAUUCUGUGUUGUGUCAUAGUUGUUUUUGUUAUAUCAUUAAUUAUCAAUAACAUCAAACUACUUUACACUUGUUUAUUCUACACCUUUGCUUCCUCCUAUUUCAUUUAUUUAUUUCUAGUAAGAUCAUUUCAUAACUCCCAUUUAUAGCUCACCUGAGCAGAAAGUGCUCAGAGGUGAGAUUUUACAAUGGCAGUGUAUCUGUUGUUUGUCUUCUGUCUUUAUCCACAAUUUCUUUAAACAUCGCCCAUUAAACCUCUUGAUGGAUUUUGACCUAACGUCACAGGUGUGUUCCUUAAGUGGUCCUCCACAAAAGUUAUAUAAAUGGUUAUCACUUUGUUUACAUGCAUAUAGAUGUGUAUUGGAAAAUACGUUAAAGUAGUCUUUUGUGAAUCUUUAAUGCCAAGAUCUUUAGAUAUUUGCCCUUCAACUAUGGUAGCAGACAUCAACAAAUACAUUAAAAACUAUGCAACCUGACCAAGUUUGUCAAAAAUUGACAAAAUCAAAUGUGACCUUAAUACUGAAUUUAACAUUGAAAAAUAAAAAUUGUGACCGUUUCUUGCAAUGUAUCUCACGUGAGCAAUCAUUCACCAUCAUGAACCUCUUCUUAAGUUAGAUAGGAAAAACAUGAAAACAUUAAUGUAUUUGUACUUAGAAAUUUUAUGAAAUCUAUAUUAAGAGUAUAUUCAAUUUGAGGUACAUGUAUAGCUUGCACAAAAGAUACUCUUUAGGACCCUAAAAAAAUAAAUUAUGCCAGCAAAUCGCUAUGACAACAAAUUUAAGUUUAAAAUUCAAUCCCUAUAAAAAGUAAGGUUAAUUUGAAGCUUUCCAAUACAGAUUUGUAUGCAUUCCCUGGGACAAAACCUAUUUGUAUUUUGUUUUCAUACUUUUCUACAGUAACAGCCCUUUCAUAUAGGCAUAAAGCACUCACUUGUUCAUAUAUUAGGUAUGCAUAAUACUGUUGAAGGAACUUUGCCUUCAACCCUAAAACUGCUAAAUAACUUAACUAUAACUCACUGCUAACUUGACUUCUAACCCUCUCACUGGCAUGUUACUUUCCUGAAACACAGCAAAUUUACUUGAUCUUCCACUCUUGCACUGCAAAAUAAAUUUACCUUUUAUCUUUAGUCCUUUACACAGCUAAAUUACUUGACCUUCAACUCUCACACUGCCAAACAACUUUACCAUUAACCUUUCUGCAGCUAAAUUACUUGACCUUUAACUAUCACACUGCCAAACAACUUUACCAUUAACCUUUCUGCAGCUAAAUUACUUGACCUUUAACUCUCACACUGCCAAAUAACUUUACCUUUAACCUUUCUGCCGCUAAAUUACUUGACCUUCAACUUUCAUACUGCCAUACAACUUACCUUUAACCUUUCUGCAGCUAAAUUACUUGACCUUCAACCCUCACACUGCCAAACAACUUUAUCUUUGCACAGCUAAAUAACUUGACCUUUAACCCUCAUACUGCCAAAUAACUUUACCUUUAACCUUUCCACGGCUAAAUUACUUGACCUUCAACCCUCACACUGCCAAACAACUUUAUCUUUGCACAGCUAAAUAACUUGACCUUUAACCCUCAUACUGCCAAAUGAAUUUACCUUUAACCUUUCCACGGCUAAAUUACUUGACCUUCAACCCUCACACUGCCAAACAACUUUAUCUUUGCACAGCUAAAUAACUUGACCUUUAACCCUCAUACUGCCAAAUGAAUUUACCUUUAACCUUUCCACAGCUAAAUUACUUGACCUUCAACCCUCACACUGCCAAAUGAAUUUACCUUUAACCUUUCCACAGCUAAGUUAAUUAACCUUUAGCCAUCACACUAAUAAAUAGCUUUUUACCUCAUACCACUAAAUAACUUAACCUUCAGCACUCAUGCUGCUAAAUAACUUGACCUUUAACCCUCAAACUGCUAAAUCACUAAACUUUUGUGCCUCAUACUGUGAAAUAACUCGGCCUUUAAUUCUCAGGCUGCUAAAUAACUUGACCUUAAUAAUCCUCUCAUUUCAAUGUAACUUGACCUAUAACCCUUAUAUUGCCAAAUAAACUUUUUACCUUUGAUCCUCACACUGUUAAAUUUGAGCCGUGUCAUGACAAAACCAACAUAAUGCAUUUGCGACCAGCAUGGAUCCAGACCAGCCUGCACAUCCGCGCAGUCUGAUCAGGAUCCAUGCUGUUCGCUUACCAACUCUAUUUUAAGUAGAGAAACUGAUAGCGAACAGCAUGGAUCCUGAUCAGACUGCGCGGAUGCACAGGCUGGUCUGGAUCCAUGCUGGUCGCAAACGCAUUAUGUUGGUUUUGUCGUGACGCGGCUCAUUUUUAACUUUUAAACAGUAACAGUGUUGUGUUUUACCCUUGAUAAUACUCCAUUGGCAGUAAUAAUCUAAUCUAAAUUUGGGUUUAAAAUGAUUAAUGUGACAAAAGAAAAAUUUUCAAUACAUGUAUUUACAAAAAAAUAAAAUAGGUUUUCCAUUAUUUAAUGUUUAUCAAUGAAAAUAUAGGAAAUAUAGAUAGCGACAUGCAGUAAACGAUAUGAAUUAUAUCUCAUUAAUAAAAUCAUGUAAUUUUUUGAAGAAAUACAGGGAGCUAUUUUGCAGAUUUCUUUAUCUAUUUUCAUAUAAAAGUGAUUAAUUUUAAAUAAAUAAUAAAAAUAAUAAAUAAUGUAAAAUUUUCGUUAAAGAUUUAUUAAAGUGUAUUUUAUAAGCUUUAAGAAUAGUGUGUAAUUUUGAAAAAAAACAAACAUUGUUAGAAUUUUUUAUAAAUUUAUAUGUGUGUAUUUUUAGUACAUAUUUUUUCUUUUAGGAUGUCAAAUGUAAAAAAAAUUUGGUGUGAGAAGUAAUAUCAGUGUAUUAUUUAUGUAUACAAUGUAUUUGGCCAUAUGUCUGCCUCUGUUAUAAGUCAGGAGUUAUAUUUGAGUGUGAUGAUUUAUAAAUUAAAUUGACCUGUUGAUAAGUCAAAAGAAAGUUGUGAUCAUAGUUAUUCUCAGUAAAUUAAGAAACAAUCGUUUUUUUUAAAUUUGAAAUCACUUCAAAACAUUAUUGGGGCUUUCCUGAUCAUCCUGGGGUUGAUGCUAAUGUAUCACUUAUUAUUAAAGUAAUGUAUAUAACUUCAUGACUCAUUCAGCACUGAAACUAUUCACUUUAAACAUCACACAAAUGUGUCCAAGAUCAUAAUUUUAGGUCAAUGUCUGAGAUCAGUGACUGUAGCAUUGAUAUUUACUUAAUUAUGCAUAUUUGUAUAUUUGCAUAUUUGUAUACUUAAGUUUAUUCUUGGUUAAGGUUUUACUUGCAAGUUCUUUAUUUGCGGCCAUCAAAAGAUAUCACUGAAAAUUUACUAAGUGUCUUGUAGGUCAUCACUGACUUAGUCCUAUAAAUCUUCUGUGAAAUGAUUUACCUUAAUGAACUUUUAAAAUUCUCUCAAUGAAUAUAUUUUACUAUCAGGCAUUAAGAAUAGUCAAGUAGAGGAGUCCAUGACAAAGUGGUGUAGGUUUUUGCCUCAAACCAACUUACCCCUCAUCACCUUGGGUCGAAUUCCCCAAGGGAUUUUGGCAUCUUUCAUGUGAGGAAGCUAUCCAGAUUGCUAUCAAAACAAAGAUGGUUCUACUCAGGUGCCUGUUCAUGUCUGGAAUAAUGCACUGAGGGGUGUGUGAGGUUUUCCUCCACCAAUUAAGCUGGAAAGUCACCAUAUGACCAAGUCAUAUGCAAGUUAAAACCAAACCAAAAAGAGAGAGAUAGAAUAGUCGAGCAAACUGCCCAACUGGCAGCUCUUGUAUUUAUAUUUUCUGCAGUGCAGACGACAAGGUGCAAUAUUUUUCUGUCUUCAGAUCUCCACCAGUUUUUGUUCUUUCAUUCUCUUUAUUUUUUGUUACUUAAUUAUUUAUUUCCACUGUGAACAUUUUCUUAUACAUUUUGUAAUUAUACAUUAUUUACUUAUGUUACAUGUUGUUUUAUGUUUGUUAUGUUGAAAUUACUACAAGUCUACUGUGUUGAAUACUAUACAUAUUUAUUUUUUGUUUAAUAAUUCUUAUGAAUUAUAUUUUUGUUGUUGACUUAAUAUUAUAAUCUGUUCAGGUAUAUAUUUCUGUUGAAAUUAAAAUUUUUACUAUGAGAACAGAUUGGUUUUCAAAGAUAUUCAGUUGAUUCAUACAGGUAUUUAAGAAGUAUUAUUUUUCAAAAUUUAAAUGAGAAAGUGUUCUUUUUACCUGUUAACAUUUCUUAUUUUGGGUAUGUGAUAAAUAGCAUAUUACUAAAUUUAUUUUAACUUGUUAAAAGAUAUUACAUGAUGUUUACCAGAGGAUUGCAUAAUAUAAGUUUAUUCAACUCGUUCAAUAAAUUCAGUAUUGAACCUUCACUCAUUCAAUAUCUUCUGUAUUUAUGGUAGAAUUUUGCAGAAACAUUCCAUAGUAUUUGGCAACUGUAUAAAAUAUGCCAUUUCAUUUGGUACUUAAUAAUAAACACUUACUUAAAAACAUAAUAUAUUAAAUGAAUAACAUAGACAAUGUUUCUUGACAGUACAGAAAAUACAAUGAAUUUAUAAAAAAUCUUUGUGCCAAGUAUUUUUAUUAGCAUGCUAUAUACAUGCAUAGUUAUAUUGUAUAGGAAUCUUAUAUGAUUUGAUUAGUAUGAAAUAUGAUUUGUCAGUUUUCCAUGUGAGAGUAGACUUACUGAAAUUGUAUAAUUAUGAUUUAUAUGAAAUAAUAUAAUUAUGAUUUAUAUGAAAUAAUAUAAUUAUGGUUUAUAUAUUCUAUUAAAAAUACAUAGUUUAAAUACUUUUUAAGACAGGUUGCUGGUCCAUUUUCAGAGGCUGCUAAUUAGACAAUUAAGUGGUUGAAAUUAUAUUUUCUCCAAUGAAAUUGUUCCAUUUUUCCACUAUGUUGAUAUGUUUAAUUAUCAUUUAAUUGGCACCAACUUGUCAUUUAAUAGUAUCCCAUUAAAUCAGCAGCUUUGCUGUGUACAAGAUUCAAAUAAUUACAACCACUAUAUAGGUUAAUGUUAAUGAAAGGUCAGCAUUAAUUUCAGUGAUUGUGUCACACCAGAUAUAUCAUCACCUUAGUGCAGUAACAGGUUAACUCCCAUUGAAGUUUAAUAGGAGUUAAGCAGUUACUGCACCAAAGUGAAGAUUUAUACAUUUUGUAAUUUCUUUAAUGCUGAUUAACAAAAACUAACAUAUACUAAAAAAAAGAAGAAAAAAAACAAAUUUCAAGUUUUGCGAAUUAUUUUGGUAAAUUUUUUGGACUAUCAGACCUUGUUUUGAUAAGACGUCAACUUAGUGCAGUUAUGACUUAACUCCUUAUAUAAUUUAAUAGGAGUUAUCCCAAUUCUGCACGAAAGUGAUGAAGUAUUUAUUCACUUAAAGCCUUUAAUUAGGAGGAUUCUGGUCAUAUUUUAUUAAGAUAGAAUUAGAGAAUAAUAAGGAUAUAAAGAGGAACUUCCAGUUUGAAUCUGGCCAUUUUCAAUUUUGGGGAUAUCAAAGGUAAAUAUUAAAGUUAGUCAGCUAACAGUCCAGAGCCUGGUCAAACUGCAUAGAUGUGCAUGUUGGCCUGGCUCUAUACUGGUUGCUAGGGCUAAUCAUAUUUCGGUUCCAGCAGGGUAAGGGUGAGGGAAGUUUUGUUAUUUGAUAAAUUAUAUUGAGGUUUCCUGUGCUACAUUACUGAUGUGAUUGAUUCUUGAUGCUCAUUAAGAUAUGACAGUGUUGUGGUGAAAUGUUGUGGUGAAACAUUAACUGGUCGGUUAAGGUAUCUGACUUUAAAUCAUGAACCACCUCACACCUGUGAGUUUGGAGUGGACACUUACAUGUGAGCAAGGUUAUUUGGAUUUUAUCCAGGUUUUCUCAUGCCUGAAAUAAUUCUCCAAAAGACAUGUUGAUGAAAAGUUAAGAGCAAAAGAUAUGUGGUAGCAAAGGUGAGUCAUUCUGACUGCUAGCACUCUUGAGGGUUAUAUCAUGCUAGGUUAUGUUUUACUUAAGAGAUAACAUAGAUAUAUAAUAUAAAAGCAAUAUAAUAUUCAAUGUAACACUGUCCUAACUCAAUGAUCUUUAAGAAAAAUAUUACAACACUCAUGCAUUAGGACCUCAAAAAUGAAAGUUAUUGUUCCAUUUAUUAUUAAGUAAACCUGUCUUAAUUAUUGUUGCAAGAGGAAAAUAUGGAUAUUUUGUUUUGAUAUGUAUAAUUUAUAUUGUCUGGUAGAACAUAUGAGCCGCGUCACGACAGAACCAACAUAGUGCGUUUGCGACCAGCAUGGAUCCAGACCAGCCUUGGCAUCCACGCAGUCUGAUUAGGAUCCAUGCUGUUCGCUUACCAACCCUAUUACAAGUAGAGAAUAUGAUAGCGAACAGCAUGGAUCCUGAUCAGACUGCGCAGGCUGGUCUGGAUCCAUACUGGUCGCAAGCGCACUAUGUUUGUUUUGUUGUUACGCGG